UACACCUUGACCCCUAUAGUCUACGUCAACCAGCUUUGCCGGGAGUCGACCGCAUUCCAAGGUGACUAGGGGUCUCACGCCGCGCUUGACCUGAUCGCCCUAGCCGAUCGACAGGAAGACUCCAGGCGGAGAGCUGAAGGGCGAUUAAAGUCCCAGGGGACAUCGUGAUCUUCAAUGAGGCGAAUACACCCACAUCGAGGGCGGAGUCCCAACAUUGCAGUCAGGGGUUCGCAGGAGGAGUCCGACAUGAGGAAGCCUUCGUCGCGGAUGAUCUUUGCCGUCGCUUGUCCCCACGAUCGCCCGGAUUCAGAUGUGCCUUAAGCCAGCACCUUGGCACUUCUAUAUUUUGCACUGGCGAUCUGAUUCCUAUUUGUACUGUCGAGAGGAUGCCAAGUUGAUCACAUAGUUGGAACCGCCUUGCCACCGGCACUCACACUCUUUUACAUGCUUUGACAUUCAUUUCUUGGCCGACCCAUUGUCUCUCUUUAUACUAAACUCGCUCUUUCGAUCGGCUAUAAUGCGUCUGUCAGUGACUUUGACUCUGGCGGGGCUUCUUGCCGAUUCUGCCUUAGCCGCUCCUUGGUCAGCAAAGAAGCCUCAGCGUACACACAAUCCCUAUCUCGGCCGCCGUGAUGGGAACACCACGGGUGAUGACUACGACUACGUUGUUGUGGGCUCAGGCCCCGGCGGCGGCCCUGUCGCGGCAAAUCUGGCUAUAGCAGGCUACAAGGUCUUGCUUGUCGAUGCAGGCGGUGACUCGGGAGACGAUCUGAUGGAAAGCAUUCCAGCCUUGCAUCUCUUCUCAACCGAGUUCGAGGACACGAGGUGGAACUACUUCGUCAACCACUACUCGGACCUGGAUCGUCAAGCAAGAGAUUCCAAGAUGACGUACGAACUGCCCGACGGAAGCUUCUAUGUUGGUCUUGACCCGCCCGAGGAUGCGACUCCGCUGGGAGUGUGGUAUCCCCGUGCUGGCACCCUGGGAGGAUGUUCUCGCCACAACGCUCUCAUCAGCAUCAAUGCCCACGACAGUGACUGGACUUACAUCUCCGACCUCACAGGAGAUUCUUCCUGGGGACCUGACAACAUGCGGUCGUACUUCCAGAAGAUUGAGAAGAAUGAAUACCUGCCCAGUACCAUUGUCGGCCAUGGAUUCAAGGGAUGGCUCACCACGUCUCUGACUUCCCUCUCGCUUGUGGUUGAGGAUCGGAAGCUGCUUUCACUCAUCCUUUCCGCUGCCACUGCUGCCGGUCGAAAUGUCCUCGAAUCCCUGCUCACCACUGUCACCGGCUUGGCACACGUUCUCUUGGAGGAUCUCAAUGCGCCUGGUGAGACGAGCAAGACCGGACUGUACCAGGUGCCUCUCGCCAUGAAGGACUCUGUCCGGGGUGGUCCACGGGACUUCAUUAUGGAAACGGCAGAGGCCGUGAACUCUGAUGGGUCUCGCAAGUAUCACUUGGAUAUCAAGCUGAACACGCUCGUCACCAAGGUCCGCUUCGACACAACUGGAACCACACCCCGCGCGGUUGGUGUUGACUAUAUGGAAGGCUCGUCAUUGUACCGUGCCGACCCACGUUCAGGAACUGCCUCCGAGACUGGAUCGGGCAGCGUUGACGCUAAGCGUGAGGUUAUCCUGGCGGCAGGUGCAUUCAACACCCCUCAGCUGCUGAAGCUCAGCGGCGUCGGACCCAGGUCAGAAUUGGAGUCAUUCGAUAUCCCCGUCGUUGUCGAUCUGCCUGGUGUCGGAACCAACAUGCAAGAUCGUUACGAGGCCACUGUGAUCGGCAAGACAGACAGCGACUUCGCCAUCACUUCCAAGUGUACCUUCUUGCAGAGCACACCUGACGCCUGCCUUGAAGACUACCAGGCCGGGUUUGAGCCGAUCACCAAGGGUGUCUACGGUACCAACGGAAUCGCCAUAGCUGUCACGAUGAAGUCAUCCGUCGCCGAGGACGAGCCGGAUGUGCUUGUCUCUGGAGCUCCAGCCAAGUUCAAGGGCUACUUCCCAGGCUACGCGGCUGACUCCCUCGCCGACGCCCAGCACUGGGCCUGGAUCAUCCUCAAGGCCCACAGCAGGAACAACGCCGGAACAGUCACCCUUAAAAGCACCGACCCCCGCGACAUGCCCCUGAUCAACUUCAACUACUACGACACGGGCGUCAACGCCGGAGGCGCCGCCGACAAGGACCUGCAGGCCACAUACGAGGGAUUCCAGUUCGCACGCAAGGCCUUCGACUCCCUGAUCCCCCUGGAUGGCAGUUUCCCUGAGGUCUGGCCCGGCACGAACGUCUCCAGCGAGGCCGACGUGAAGGAAUUUUUGAAGGACGAGACAUGGGGCCACCACGCCUCAUGCACCUGCCCCAUCGGAUCCGACGAUGACCCCAUGGCUGUCCUGGACAGCAAGUUCCGGGUGCGCGGCACGGAAGGCUUGCGUGUCGUCGAUGCCAGCGUGUUCCCCAAGAUCCCUGGAUUCUACAUUGCGUUGCCUCUGUACAUUGUUUCCGAGAAGGCUAGUGAUGUUAUUAUCCAAGACGCAAGGCUGUCUUAGAUUCCUUCGAUGCAUUGUGCGGAAACAACCAGGGAAGCUCAACACACACAAGCUUUACAUGCGUUCAGACAAGAAUAGGAUAAGACAAAUCUCUAGCAUACCAUCCAGACACA